CUACAGUGUGCACCACCUUACCUAUAUAAAUAAGUUUACAAGAAAUUGAGUUAUUUUGUCAAAGAGCGUGCACGUCACAAACGUUGGUUCCAGAUGAGUUCGGUAACUUUGUUAACGCACGUGCUUGUGCUUUUAAGUAUUGCUGUUUUGUGGACUAAUUGUACGAUACCUUCAUAUAUCAAAGUUUGUCAUCGCGAUGAUCCCAAAUUAAGCAAUUGCAUCAACGACUCAAUUACCAUUCUUAAACCGUACCUCAAAAAAGGCAUCCCGGAAUUGGACGUACCCCCGUUAGAGCCACUGCUGUUGGAUGCCGUCGACCUUAAAAGUGGAAAUGACGCGACUCGUAUUGAAGCAACUUUAUCAAAUUUGGAAAUUUGGGGGCCCACGUCUUUUAUCAUUCUGGAAUUGAAGCCAAAUCUGAACAAGAACGUGUUUAAAUUCAAAGUUCUUCUGCCCGAGUUAAACGUAGUUGGGCGUUACAAAGCGGACGCUCGAGUCCUGUUCUUUAACCUGAAAGGGGAAGGGCCCGCAUUCAUUAACAUAACCAACUACAAAUUCGAGUGCAAGUUGAAGGGAAAUAAAAUAUCGAAGGGAGGAGAGGAGUUUCUCGAAUUCGAGAAGAUGCGAUUGAAAAUCGAAGUGGGCACAUCAAGCAUCCGACUGGAAAACCUAUUCAACGGCGAUCCCGUUCUGGGAAAGGCGACAAGCGACGUUGUUAACGAAAACUCUAACCUGUUCAUUAGCGAAAUUUUACCUAACUUGCAGCAGGCGCUAUCGGAAAAAUUCACGAACAUUGCUAAUAAAAUUACGCUUAGGUUCACUCAUAAAGAAUUAUUCCCGUAUUAAAUCAACAUUAUACUAAAUUAUGUAGGUACCUUAAAAUUUAGCGUAGCUGCUGAGGUAAUUGUUGAUGGAAAAUGAAUGACUUGCGUAACUUAGAUGAAUGAGGACACAAUGUGUCACUGUCAAGUGCUUGUUAUUUAACUUUUUUUCUGGAAAAGUUGAUCUACUC